AUGUCUACUAUCCCAACGACUGAAAUCAUCAUCUUCGAGACAUCAGAGAAGUUUCGUGAGGACGUCUCAUGUUUACGUCCUGCAUCCGACAUAGUUUCAAAGGCUGAUGGUGUCCACAAGCCCGUCUACUUCGGGCUACAGAUCGAGAACCCAGCUACAGGGUAUCUCUUCCUCAACUGGGAUAGCCUGGCGCACCAUCAAGCGUUCAUGACUUCCUCCUCGUACGGUCCUCUUCUCGAAGCUCUGAAACCCACCAUUGGGGGCCCAUUCAAGAUGUAUCAUGUCAUUUUCAACGAUCAUCCCACAUUCCAGCAGCCUGUCACGGAGGUCCUCCUCAUCACCCUCAAAGAUCCCAGCCAUCGUGCAGAGGUGUUCGACAUCCUCAAUAAUCUCUCAGACUUAACCGAGAAGAAGCUCAUAUUUGGUCCUACGCUGGAGGACGAGAAUGCAAUUAUUCUUGUUGGCGGCUGGUCGAGCGUUGAGGCUCAUUGGGAGAUGGUUGCCAAUCCUGAGCCGAAAGCAGCGGUCGAACGGCUCUUCGUUCUUGCUAACAAGGAUCAUCUGUUCCACACCGCCUUGAGCUCAUAUGCAGGAAAAUAG